AUGGGGCUUGCCCUAUCAUGGCUGAUCGACUGUUGCAACAACCAUGAAUACUGCCAUCGGCUGCAGCCUAACAGUUUACCUGAUCGAUAUCUUUACGUCGGACGAGAUCGUGAUCCCGAGCUGCGUAUCAACACUGGAUCGGAUACGGGCUACUACGCCACACUAAGCCAUUGCUGGGGAGGUAACAUCAACUUGCGGCUUACUACGGAAAAUUUGGAGGCGUUAAGCCGAGGCAUACCGUUAUCAUCCCUUCCCAAGAACUUCCAGGAAGCCGUCCACGUAUGUCGCGCGCUGAAAAUUGAGUACUUGUGGAUCGACUCGCUCUGUAUUAUCCAGAAUUCUAAGAGUGACUGGCAAGAGCAAGGUUCCAAGAUGGCAGAUAUCUACUCCAACUGCUUGGUUUGCAUUGCUGCAGACGCCGCCAAGGAUAGUGGGGGAGGCUUUCUUCGCACUCCCGGGAGACAACACGCGGCGAACCAGGCACAUGAAUUGACCACUGCCGGUAUUGCAAACGUCUAUGUUCGAAGACCAGCUAUUGAGGCAUACAACGUGUGCGUUAGCAGGCUCAAAUACAGUUGCCACACAUGGUCCGAACCAGCUGAUGGGCCAAGUCCUCUGAGCAGUCGAGGUUGGGUGCUCCAGGAGACGCUUCUUUCUCCACGAAUUCUGCAUUUCACAUCCGACGAGCUCAUGUGGCAGUGUCAGUCGAUAGCUCAAUGCGAGUGCGCUCCUGGGUAUACGGACUUCGUAAGGGAAGGGAGUUCCAAACCUGACACAUCAGUAGAAUUGUGGAGUUUGACUUGGGACACUGCUAUGGAAAAUUUCAUGGCGCGCAACCUGACGUUCCAAACAGACCGGUUAGAUUCAUUGGCUGGGCUUGCCAAGCGCAUGAAGAGUAAGGCCCAGGCAGAGGGGAUACGCACUUCUUAUGUGGCUGGGCUUUGGACGCAUACGCUGCGCAUGGACUUACAUUGGAAGCGCGAGGUGAAGGAACCGGAUCCUAACGUCUUCGACAAUGAACCAUCGGAGCCAUCGUUGGAGGAGCCUUUCAAUCCUAGCAGUAGAAUUGACCCUUACAUUGCCCCGACUUGGUCUUGGGCAUCCAUUACUGGUCGCGUUCAGCCAGCUUCCAAAGUCGGACAUUGGCGUGAGAAUACUCUGAGAUACAUGCAGGAAGAACUUAGGGAUGAACUUGAGCUUGAACCCAUCACUACAGACUACCUGCCGGCAAGUGUAAAUGCAUUUGGGGCUGCAAUGCAAGGGUCGAGCUUGACAUUGAGAGGCGAAAUAUUUGACGUUGUUGUAUCGCAAUACAACAAGCUCAAGGAUGAUAACUGGGGAGCACCGGAAUAUAUAGCUCAUUUUGUCGAUGUGGAAGAUGAUGUCCCUAACCCUGACGGGGACAGAGAUAUCACAUUCGAAGGCCGGCACGAAUGUUUUUUCGACACGGAUGAAGACGAAGAAGCUGUCAAAAUGGGCCAAAGAAACCUUCUGGCUUUAAAUCUAUCGAACUAUACGACAUUUAUACUCCUAGAGCAGCUUUACCGAAGUGGGAGCACCCGCGUCUGCAAGCGAGUGGGCAUAGUUAGUGAUUUUGAGUCUGAGUUUGGUCUUGAUUUCGACGUCACUCGAGCGGCUAUAUUUCAAGGGUGGGGGAAAAGGAGGAAGAUAAAAAUUGUGUGA